GAAUUAAACGAAUGUGAAACUUAAACAUUUAAUCCAGACACCUAAGGUAUAAUAAUACAUGGUUAAAUGUGAAGGGAAAAGAGAAGAGGCGGCCAAACUCCUCUAUAAAAGCAUGCGUCUUCUUGGCAGAGUAGCAGUCACUAGCAAUCACUAGCACGACAUCCUGCGAAGAUGAAGAAUUCUCUGUCCCUGAGUUUCAUCUUUCUUUCUCCUUCACUCUUCAUAGCCACCCUUCUGCUAACAAGCCAGUGCACUAUUGUCCGGUCUGCUGCCAAUGAUCUGAUAGCACAAACAUGCAAGCACACACCAUACUACAGACUCUGUGUCACUUCUCUUAAGUCUGUCCCUAAAAGCUCCGGAGCAGAUGUCCAGGGGCUAGCACUCAUCAUGGUCGAUAUAGUGAGGGCUAAAGCAAGCACAGCACUGAGAUUCAUCAACCAGGAGCUUAAAAGGAGCCCAGGAUUAAGGCGACCUUUGAGGUUUUGUGCUAGCUGCUACGAUGCAAUUUUAACAGCCGACAUCCCGGAAGCUAUUGAAGCCCUGCAGAAGGGCGACCCUAAAUUUGCUGAAAAUGGUACAAAUGAUGCUGCCGUUGAAGCCACUUCUUGCGAAGACGGUUUCCACGGCAAAUCUCCCCUGACCAAUCUGAACAGGGAAGUGCAUGACACCUCAGUAGUUGCUUCUGCCAUCACCAGGCUGUUACUUUAAUAGAUUUUUCUUUUGCUUGUGGAUUCAAAUGUCAUAUAAAAGAGUCCUUGGAGGCUAAUUCCCAGUAUUAUGCCUAAUAGCAAUUAUAGCCUCCUUCGUUCUAAGCAAUGAGAUGAUAUAAGAAAAGGGGAUUCUAUUUUAUUAUAAGAUAUAAGCAAGUUUUUUUUU